UCCAUCUCGCGAGAGGAUACCCACAUCCAUGUCCUCCAGAACCAACAGUACUCAUACCCGCGACACUCCGCCCCCAGGCCGCCGCGCCAACCACGCCCGCCGACCUCGAAAGCACGCCCGGCCAGCCUCCGUCAGCACCAACCACACCGCAAAGCCCGCACCGCGCCCGAAGAAGAAGCCCGACAUGCGGGACGGACAGCACAACGCGGGGUUCCUCGCCGGGUUGGCUGCGACGAUAGUAGGCGGCGCUGUCCUUGGGCCGGUGGCAGGCAUCGUCGGUGGCGUCGCGGGCGGUACGACGGGCUCGGUGACGCAGAGCAUCACGAACCGGCAGCAUGAGGCGGCGAGAAGGCAGCAGGAGCAGGCGAAGAAAGAGAAGGAGGAGCGGGAGAAAGCGAGUGGGCCGCGGGUUAUGCCACAUACGCACGAGCAUGAGUGAGAUGAUGGUAUGGGUGCCCAAUGGACUCUAUGGACUCUAUGGAUCUAUACCAAUGUAAUAAUUGCUUGCAACCAGCUUCAUCGUGGGCGAGUCGUCGUCUUGCGGCCCACGUUGCUCUUCGGUCAAAGGA